ACAGUUUGUAAGGAAUGGUUAGUACGAGAGGACGGAGUUCUCGCAUAUCAGCUUCAAAACCAAGAAAUUAACUCUCAUUAUGAGGGGAAUCGGCAUAAGAACCGUACGGUUAGGGAAGACCUGCCGAUCGCUAAAGGCCUGCAACGCAACGAAGAGGAAGUGGCGACGACUGUCCGCCUGUCGUACGAGCGGUCACUCGAGCGACAGCUGGAAGACGACGAACGGGUGGCGCGAGAAAUGCACGAAAGGCUCGCCGAACAGGACUCGAGCCGUCGUCGGGCCGAAGAGGAGGACGAAAAGCUGGCCAAACGGUUGGCGCAGAAGGAAAGGGCGCGAGUCGUGAAGAAACGACUCGAGCGCGAGAGACAACAGGUGGAGAAACUGAGCGCUCAGUUGAGUAGUAACAGCGGCGGCAGCGCUGACCGCUUGGAGGCGAGCGGCGGCAGUGGCGGAGACACUGACAACGAUAUCGUGGCCUCAGUUGACGGCAUGCGUAUCGGCGGCGCAUCCAAUGGCGGCUCCGUAUCGGGCGAUGAACUCGAUUUGUCGGAGUUCUGUCUCCAACCGCCCGAACACUUGUCGCCCGAAGAGUUGCGGGCGUUUCUCGAAGAACAGGACGCAGAGAUCGCGCGACUCAUUCAACAACAGGAGCUCAAGAGGAAGAGUGCCGUCGAUAAGGAAAAGUUGGCCCAAAUCGAGGCCCAGGACUACGAAAUCGCACGACUUCUGCACAAACAGGAGAGGGAACGCCUCCGACGGCUCAAAGAGAAGGCCAAACAAAAGGCAUAUCACAGACGUAUGGAAGAGGAGGCCAUUCAGGCGGCAGCCAGUGCUGGACACCAGACAUACCCCGAGUAUAAUGAAAGCGAAUUUUCGGCGCAAAGGCAUCAGUCGAGUGGCGGCUCAUACGGCGAUUCGGAGUCCACUCACGGCCGCCAUUCCCGACAUAAUAGCCAUCACUACUCAGACACCGAUAGCAUUACAUACGAAGAGAUCGCCACUAAUCAUACAUUUCAUCCAAACAUUGCCACACUUUUGGACCCGACGUACAAACGGAAUACCUUUGCCUCCAAUCCAUUGGUCAACAGUAGCAACAAUAACAACGGCUUCCCGUCGGCCAACUCUAGACACCCGAACGACGGCCAAGAAAUUGAGUCCAACGUCGACGACGUUCACAACGAAGAGCCGGGCAUUCAUUUCGCACAGGUAUACAAAGUGUCGCCGACGCCCUCCCCGUCAGACAGUCCCGUAUCGACCGCCAGACGGCCCGCCAGUGACGACAAUCUAGAAAUAGAUCCCAUAAUAGAAGACAAUUACUACCCAAUAGACGAGCCAAAGAGUAGGCACCGGAUGUCUGGCACUACGAGUGCGGCCAAUCCGGUGCCGCCAUAUCUGCCAGUCCAGGGCCAGAGACGGGUCGCCUCUAUGGAGAAGAAGAAGAAAUCUAAGGACAGCUGCAAAACUCAGUAG